UUCUCGAUCAAUUUCCCGCAGAAAGAACACGAAUAAUUAGACAGAAAAUAUGGUAAGUGAUGGAGUAUAGAAGUAUUGAUGGUUAGGAUUGUGCCACUUGUACUAAGAUUGUUAGCUUAGUUAGUUAGACAGUUAGAUAGUGUUGCUGAGAGUUGUAUAAAUACCAUAUCACAUGUAUUACUUGGUUGUCAAGAAAUAUAACAAGAAGAUAUUCAGUUUACAAUUUUCGCUCUCUUUCUUUCUCUAAAGUCUAAGCUCCUUCUCUCUCUGUGUUCAUCAAGAUCUUCAUUCUUCAUUAGUUAACAUGGUAUCAAUCGCCAUAGUUGCUGACGCAUGAUCUGUCGAUCCUUGUUCUGCUUUCGCUCGUCAAGAUUUGAUCUUCAUCUUCCUGAACCGUGUUCUCUCUCUGCAAUUCAGCUCGUCUUCUUUUGCUGCUGGAAAGUAAUGGUAUCAUGGGGUUUGUCGACGGUUCAACUCCAUGUCCGGAUCAACAUACUACACAGUCUGGUGAAUCUGGUGUACUUGGACAAUCACCUGCUCAAUACUAUACCAAUCCAUUUGCACCUCCAAUUCAAAUCUAUCAGUUAUGCAAUGUUGAAGGACACAUUGCACCUUUCUGUGGUUCCAAACCUCCUGAGCAUGCAAAAUGUCUUAUCUAUGGCAUGAAUAACCACACUACAUGGUAUUGUUUCUACAAUGAUAAAGGUCCCAAUUAUGUUGGUCCUACCUCUCGGUCUACUCAUGGACAAAUGUUAUCCCCUUAUAGACAAUCAUAUCCAAUGUCAGGUUGUUCUAUAGCAUCUCCACAAUAUCAAUCUCAACAUCUAUCCAUGCAGGCUAUGCACACUACUAUGACCAGUUUCUCUCCACCAUCCAAUUCUCAGCAAUCUCCUCAAGUAUGGUUUACUGACUCUGAAGCCACUAAUCACAUGACUGCAGAUCUCUCCAAUUUGUCUUUGGCAUCACCUUACCCAUCAAAUGAGACUAUUCAAAGUUCAAACUGCAAAUGGUGAAGGUUUGCAAGUGUCCCAUAUUGGUAGAAAUGUUCUUAAUACCACAGUGAAACCAGUCAACUUAAAUUUUGUGCUAUAUGUUCCCAUGUUAACUCAAAAUUUGCUUUAUAUGCAUAGAAUUUGUUUGGACAUUAAUUGUUGGCUCAUUUUCUAUGCUUUUUGUUUCUAGAUCUAGGACAAGGUUACAGGGAGGACUCUCUUCAAAGGGCUGUGCAGUAAUGGACUUUAUCCCAUCCCAAUUGCUUCUUCCAAUUCUGUCAUAACCAAGGCUACAUCAUCAGCUCAGACCUAUCUUCAUUAGCUUGUUCUUUCCUCCACUUGGCAUAAUAGAUUAGGACAUCUAUCCAAUAAUAUUGUGUCUCAGAUGUUAAAUAAAGCACACUUGUCAUGUAAAACCACAAAUGUUCCCAUUAUGUGUACAACUUACUUGGAUAGCAAGUUUUGUAAACUACCAUUUUCCAAAUAGUGUCAAUAAGUCUGUAAAUCCCUUUGAGAUUCUGCAUAGUGACCUUUGGGGUUCUUUUCCAUGUAUUUCAGUAGAUAGCUAUAAGUACUAUGUCACAUUUAUAGAUGAUUGUACAAGGUAUUGCCAGAUAUUUCCAUUGGUUAAUAAAUCUGAUGUUUUUCCCAA